AUGUCAAAUAACGGCCUAGACACUCAAGACAAACCUCCAGCCCCUCCGAUGAGAAACACCAGCACUAUGAUUGGAGCUGGCAGCAAAGACUCUGGAACCCUAAACCACGGUUCCAAACCUCUGCCACCAAACCCAGAGGAAAAGAAAAAAAAGGACCGAUUUUACCGAGCCAUCUUACCUGGAGAUAAAACAAAUAAAAAGAAGGAGAAGGAACGGCCAGAGAUUUCUCUUCCUUCAGAUUUUGAGCACACAAUUCAUGUUGGUUUUGAUGCUGUCACAGGCGAGUUUACAGGGAUGCCGGAGCAAUGGGCCCGCUUGCUUCAGACAUCAAAUAUCACAAAGUCGGAGCAGAAGAAAAACCCGCAGGCUGUUCUGGAUGUGUUGGAAUUUUAUAACUCAAAGAAGACCUCCAACAGCCAGAAGUACAUGAGCUUUACAGGUAUGGAGAUUAAUGUGAAGGCAGUGUCUGAGACCCCCGCAGUGCCACCAGUUUCAGAAGAUGAAGAUGAUGAUGAUGAUGCUACCCCACCUCCAGUGAUUGCUCCACGCCCAGAGCACACAAAAUCUGUAUACACACGGUCUGUGAUUGAACCACUUCCUAUUACUCCAACUCGGGAUGUGGCUACAUCUCCCAUUUCACCUACUGAGAAUAGUAUCACUCCACCUGAUGCUCUGACCCGGAAUACUGAGAAGCAGAAGAAGAAGCCUAAGAUGUCUGAUGAGGAGAUCUUGGAGAAAUUACGGAGCAUAGUGAGUGUGGGCGAUCCUAAGAAGAAAUACACACGGUUUGAGAAGAUUGGACAAGGCGCUUCGGGCACUGUGUACACGGCCAUGGAUGUAGCCACGGGACAGGAGGUGGCCAUUAAGCAGAUGAACCUUCAGCAGCAGCCGAAGAAAGAGCUGAUUAUUAAUGAGAUCCUGGUCAUGAGGGAAAACAAGAACCCAAAUAUUGUGAACUACUUGGACAGUUACCUCGUGGGAGAUGAGCUAUGGGUUGUCAUGGAAUAUUUGGCUGGAGGUUCUUUGACAGACGUGGUAACGGAAACUUGCAUGGACGAAGGUCAGAUCGCAGCUGUGUGCCGUGAGUGCCUGCAAGCUUUGGAGUUUCUGCAUUCGAACCAAGUUAUUCAUAGAGACAUCAAGAGUGACAACAUCCUGUUGGGAAUGGAUGGCUCUGUCAAGCUAACUGAUUUUGGAUUUUGUGCUCAGAUCACCCCAGAGCAGAGCAAACGGAGCACCAUGGUGGGAACACCGUACUGGAUGGCACCAGAGGUUGUGACCCGGAAAGCCUAUGGGCCUAAGGUUGACAUUUGGUCCCUUGGCAUCAUGGCUAUUGAAAUGAUUGAAGGGGAGCCCCCAUACCUCAAUGAAAACCCUCUGAGAGCCUUGUACCUUAUUGCCACCAAUGGGACGCCAGAGCUUCAGAACCCAGAGAAGCUGUCAGCUAUCUUCCGAGACUUUCUGAACCGCUGUCUUGAGAUGGAUGUGGAGAAGAGAGGUUCGGCUAAAGAACUGUUGCAGCAUCAGUUUCUGAAGAUUGCCAAGCCUCUCUCCAGCCUCACUCCACUGAUUGCUGCAGCAAAGGAGGCAACCAAGAACAGUCACUAA